CGAGUUUCAGGGCGAGCGGAAUAAACGAACUUGAUAUCUCUAGAAUUCAAUACCGCCAUGAAAAGAGAUAUUUAGAUUGAUAGGAAGGACAACAAAGGGAUAAGAUUACUGCUAAAAUUUAAUGACGAUCUAAAAGGCAAUUUGAUCUGGCCAAGUUGGGACAGUCACAUUAAAAGGUCUUUUUUUUUCCAUUUGAUCUUCUUUCAUAAAAUACAAAAUGCCACGUAUUAAUAGCGACAUUGACCCUUCACAUAUUAUCAAAAGGAGGAAAAGAACAAGAACUGUAACCGACUAUAACGAAACAACCACUUCCAAUAGACCAACCACGCGUCAAACUAAACCCUCUGUACGCCAAACUAAAACUCGUACACGACAAGCUAAAGCACCUGCUCCUGCACCUGAAACUAAACCACUUCCACGACAAAGCAAACCACUUCCACGACAAGCUAAACCACUUCCACGACAAGCUAAACCACUUCCACGUCAAGCUAAACCACUUCCAAGUCAAGCUAAACCAUCCACACAACAAACAAAACCACCCUCUUCUAAAGUUCGAAGUAAAUCGCCUGCACGUCAAGUCGAUCCUAAUUCUUCGGAAGUCGAUGAACCAGAAACUGAAUCCGAUGAAGAAUCUGAAGCAGAAGUAAAAUCUGAAGAAGAUUCGGAAUCAGAGUCAGAAGAAGAGUCAGAGUCAGAGCCCGAGUCUGAAGUUGAAGAAACAAAAAAAUCACGUAGACCUACAACGCUGAAAAAACGAAAGGUCGCUGUGCCUAGUCGGCAUGUAGCUAAAAAUAAACCUACACUGUCUGCCAAUCGAACCAUUCACAGAAUCAAUCAAGUAGCUCCAGUUGUACCCUUACGAAAAGUUCACGAAAAGAGUGAUAUCAGCUCAAUGACACCAUAUGCUUUAGCUAGAGAAAGACUUCACGUAUCUGCAGUACCAGAUUCGUUACCUUGCCGUGAAGAUGAAUUUAUGAAUAUUUUAGGAUAUAUUGAAAGUGCGAUUCACGAGGCAACGGGUACCUGCGUAUAUAUAUCAGGCGUACCAGGCACUGGAAAAACAGCAACUGUAUUGGAAGUCAUUCGACAUUUACAACAUCAAGCGGAAGAAAAGACUAUACCUCAGUUUGAUUUUGUUGAGAUUAAUGGAAUGAAACUGACGGAUCCUAACCAAGCUUACAGUAUUUUGUGGGAGUGUAUGGAUAGAAAUGAAGGGAAACAGAAGAGAUAUACUGCCUCGCAUGCAUUACAGAUGUUGGAAGCAAAGUUUUCAAAGCAAAGUAAUGAUCAAAGAACAACAGUUGUAUUGAUGGACGAACUUGAUCUUUUAGUGACAAAAAAGCAAACAGUGAUGUAUAAUUUUUUCGAUUGGCCAAGCAGACCGCUUUCAAAGUUGAUUGUUGUAGCUGUAGCCAAUACUAUGGAUUUGCCAGAGCGAAUUAUGAGUAACAAAAUUGCCAGUCGUAUGGGUUUAACACGUAUCAAUUUCCAACCUUAUAAAUUCGAACAAAUUAUUCAGAUUGUUCAAUCAAGGUUAAAAGGUAUAGAUGCGUUCACGCCUUCUGCGGUUGAGUUUGCUGCGCGUAAAGUGAGUGCAGUAAGUGGUGAUGCGCGUCGUGCUCUUGACAUCUGUCGACGUGCUGUUGAAAUUGUCGAAACAAGGCCUGAAAUGGGCACUCACGUGACAAUUCCUAUUGUAACUGAAGCAGUGAAAGAAAUGUUUACUUCCCCUUCCGUGGCUUUCAUUAGGUCAUGUUCGUUACACCAAAAGAUUUUCUUAGUUGCCUGUAUGCAGCGCUCUAGAGCAAUUGGUCUAGUUGAAAUAGAAUUUGGAGAUGUCGCUCAUUAUCAUAUCCAAACUUGUAAAUGGCAUAAUAUUGAACCUCCAAAUACCAGUGAUUUGAUGCGUGUAUGUGAAUCUCUUGGACAGACGAAUGCCUUGGUGAUGGAAGGUGGAAGAAUGGAUAUCUGUAUGCGACUUUCUUUAAACCUUGCUGAAGAAGACAUUGUUAUGGCAUGUAAAGCGGAUAAGUUGAUCAGUAGGUUACUACAAAAUUUGCCUUCCCAUUAAAAAGGAGGCACCUUGUGCAUAUAAAUAAACAAAAACAUGGCCUCUUUUUUUUUUCUUCUU